UACAGAUGCAUCGAGUCUAUUCGUCUCCACAUGUUUGAUUCGUAACUGGGUCUUCUUCUCAACAAAAUGUUAGAGUUGCUUGCAAGAGUUUGAUAUUAGGAGCUUCUUGUAACACCAAACAUGGAAGGGAACAAUCAACUCAUAGCUUACUUUGUGUAAAAAAACAAAAAACAAAAAUGGACACUUCUCCUCUCAACAAAUUGGUGGAUUGUGCUAAGGCCAUUGAAGGGGGUAACCUGAAUGAUGCAGAUUUGCUCUUGAAGGAGAUCAUAGCUUCCAACGAAUCCUUAUCAAGAGCAACAAAAUCACUCGUCAAGUACUAUGCUGAAGCUCUGGUUCGGCGACUCUAUAAACUUUAUCCUCGGAAUCUUACACCGUUAAUACCUUCCGGCACGGAUCAGCUUCCCGAAACAGACUACCCAUUUUCUCCCUUCUUCUGCUUCGGUGAUUUUACAACCCUCGACCCCGUGAGGAUGCCAUAAAAGGAAAGCGAAGAGUCCACAUUAUUGAGUUCGGAAUUGUGGUAAGUUUCUGGCGGUACUAUGAUUUGUUUCGUGAUGUCACCAGGCAGUCAACAGGCCCGAUAUCGUUCCGCUUGACGUUUGUCGGACCAGUUCUGUCCAUAGCUGCUGACCAUACCCAAAAGACACUUGAGAGACUUCACGGAGAAGCCGAAAGGUUUGCUAUUGACUUUGAAGUGAGACAUUUGGUUGCUAAUAGUGCUGCUGAUAUUGUUGAUUCUGUUCUCAAACUCACAAGAGCAAGUGGGGAUGAGACGAUUGUCGUGAAAUGGAAAUUUCAACUCCACAAACUGCUCACACUAACAGGUGCAAGCGAGAAGGUUUUGUCAAAAUUGAGAGAACUGAAACCAGAGAUCAUGAUAAUUGUUGAGCAAGAAGCAAGCCAUAAUGGUCAAAAUCUCUUGGACUGUUUCAGCAAGUCAUUCCAAUAUUACUCCAUUGUUUUUGACUCCCUGGACAAGGACAACGUAGACAUUAACUCGGACGGAGUCCGCCGCAAGGUGUUUUGGGAGAUGUCCUUCAGGCGUCAGAUCUGUAAAUUGGUGGCUCCAGGAGGCACAGACCACAUUGAGCGACAUGAGACAUUCGCUUAUUGGCAAGACAGACUACGUCGUUUUGGGUUUCGCCAUUAUCGCUUCAAGCCCCAAUCUUUUAGCAAUUUCUGUAGAGAACAAAUGCCCGAGUACAGCUGGGAAGAAAAGGAUCGGCAUCCACAGCUAAGAAGGAAGGGAAUCCCCUUGGUUUUCAGCUCAGCUUGGAAACCUGAUCCUACUCAGCUCAAUAGUGGGUCAAAUAUGGAGUUAGAUGAAGAGAAUUAUUCUAAAUUCCAUGAAAACCAGCUUGAUGAUCCUCACAUAAUGACACAAGAAAUUAUGUGGUCUGAAAAGUGCUUCUCAAUCAAUCAAAUUGCUGCUUCAGUUGAGAUAUAUGACAUUUUGGAAUAUACAUGUAAUGUACAUAAUCUACCUCUGGCUCUCACAUGGAUUUCAGAUAGGAGAGACUGUAAUGUAAAUUCAAAUGGGAAACUUCGAAUAGUUGAAAGUGCUUGCUAUCUGAAUGACAUAACAAUGGAAGGGUUUGUGGAGGCAUGUGGACAACACCAUCUUGAGGAAGGACAAGGUGUAGCUGGAAAAGCACUUCAAUUAAAUGGCAUGUACUUUAUCCCUGAUGUUUCCGAGCUUAGUGCAGAUGCUUAUCCAUUUGUUUGUGAUGCCUGGGAAUUUGGCCUUCACGCUGCUGUCUCAUUCAAGCUAGAAAACAUUCACAUGAGCAGAGUUGAUCACGUUUUAGAAUUUUUUCUCCCAACAGAAACAAAGGAUGUUUCAGAACAUAAACUUUUGAUAGAUGGGAUCUCUUCUAUCCUGCAGAAGAACUGUAGGAAUUCAUGGGUAAUUUCUGGCAUGGAAUUAUCUGAGGAUAACAUGGACUCUGUAGUUAGAUCUGAAGGGGCUAUUUCUGACCGCUCUCUACCAGCAUCAUUAGACAAUGGUAGUUUCAAUACAAAUGGUAUGAUCAUAGCUAGCGAUGCGGUGAACGCAACUGACCAUGGAAUAGAAAUUGGUGUUGAAGCUCAUGAACAGGAUGUGGGAGACCAAAAUUCUACUUUUGAAGCAGCUUCAACUGGAAUCACGUCUAUCUUGCAACAGAAAUCUAGGAAUUCAUGGAAAGAUUUCUCUGAACAAUUAAGUGGGGCUAAUUUUAGCUCUGAAGUUAGGAUAGAGAAUUUCGAGACAAGUGACGUCAGACCAGCGGGUAUUUCAGACAGCUAUUACAAUUCCAGUGAAUUCAUGGAAUUAUGCAAUAUUUCUAACCCAGCAAGUGAUGGUGAGGAAGUACAGGAGGCUCGUGACCAGGAAGUCGAGGAACAAGAAUUUGCAUUUGUACCAGAAGCUCCAAGCCCUGAUAACGAGGAGGGCGGCAGGGGUACUUCUCGUUUGAAUGCAAGCGCUAGAAACAAACGAAGGAGGACAUCAGAGGUGUGGCAAUACUUUGAAGAAGUUAGAGAAAAUGGAGAAAUUUUGGCCAAAUGCAAAAGUUGUAGUACUAGAUACAGAGGGGAAAGCACAAGGGGAACUACAAAUCUGCACAAACACCUAAAAUCAUGUGCAGGAAAGAAAUAAAAAGGCUGAAACAGAACUAUCCUUCGCCUUUAAAACUUAACAAGUCCAUGUAUUUGAAGAAACAUAGUUUGUUUUCAACUUUUGACCUGAUAUUGAAGUUGUGGUCGAUGAGUCCUAUCAAAUGUUCCUCAGGAAUUGAAGUCGUCAAUGCAAUAUUUAGCAUCCUCUGCUGCUAGUGAAGUAAUGAGAUUUCCUGAUA